UGAACGCCUCAUGACCUUUUACCCACCACAGUAACGAGAGUCAUGCGUUCAGGUUCACGGUAACGUGUGUGACACAGUCCGCUGCUCGGUGAGCGGGCAGCUUUCACACCCCGUAGACUGUCACCGUUUACCGGACCCGUUAACGGGUUGGAGGAGCAGCUAGCGGGUUAGCUAACAGCUAACAGCUAACAGGAGAUGGAGGAGUUUCUGUUGAGCUGCCGCCAAGCCGUGCAGGCGAGCAUGGACCAGGCUGAACCAGGGUUCCAUGUGGUUCUGGGGAACGAGGCCUGCGAUCUGGACUCCAUGGUGUCUGCUCUGGCCUUCGCCUAUUUCCUGUCCAAGACGGCUCACAGCAAGACGCUCAUUGUCCCGCUGCUGAACAUCCGGCAGGCAGACUUGGUUCUGCGGUCAGAUAACGUUUUCCUGCUGCGGCAGACCGGUUUCUCUCCAGACCUCCUGCUGUUCAGGGACCAGCUGGACCUGCAAGCGCUGCAGCGAGCCGGCCGCCUGCGCCUGACGCUGGUCGACCACAAUGUCCUGCCCAGUUCAGACAGAGACCUGGAGGGGGCGGUGGUGGAGGUGAUUGACCAUCGCCAGCAGGAGAGAGAGCCCUCCCCCGCCUGCCCUGUUACCGUGGAGAUGGUGGGAUCCUGCGCCACCUUGAUAACAGAACGCAUCAUCCAGAAAGCUCCAGAGAUCCUGGACCAGCAGCUCGCUCAGCUGCUCUACGCAACGAUCCUGCUGGACUGCGUCAACAUGGCUCCUGCAGCAGGGAAGGUGACGCCUAAAGACAGUCAGUACGCUGCAGCGCUGGAGGCUCGAUUCCCCGCUCUGCCACCGCGGGGCGCUCUCUUCCAGGCGCUGCAGAACGCCAAGUUCGAUGUCUCAGGUCUGAACACGGAGCAGAUGUUGUUAAAGGACAUGAAAGCUGUUUCAGGAAGUUUAAGUCUCGCCAUCUCUGUUCUCUACAUCACACUGGAGGAGUUCCUGCAGAGGGCGGAGCUGGAGGCGGAGCUCUCAGACUUCUGUCAGAAGUUGGGGUUUGAGUUGCUGCUGCUGAUGACCAUCUCCUUCACUGAGACCAAAGAGCCAAUCAGAGAGCUCGCUGUGUUCAGCCACAGCGCCGCCUGCAGGGAGCAGAUGUGCCAGUACCUGGAGCGAGCUCGUAACCCCGCCCUCAACCUCUGUCCAAUCAGCAGCCCCCAUCCUCACAUCGCAGCGUAUCAGCAAGGAAACACGUUGGCGUCUCGUAAGAAGCUCCUCCCCAUCGUUAAAGACUUCCUGAGGGAUCGGGACGGAGACGGUCGCCUGGGAGACGGUCGCCUGGGAGACGUGGAGGAGGAGGAGGAGGAGGAGGAGUCUCAGGUGCCUCCGACCCCGAUGAACAGUCUGGUGGAAGGUUGUCCGCUGGACGACGGGCUGCCGUGCAUCAGCGCUCAGGAUCUGGAGGAGAAGUUCAGCAAGAUGGCUGAAAGAGGAGGGGACUGACCUCUGACCUUCACCUGUCAAUCAUCCUGAUGGCGCGGCGGACCGUCACUCUGUCGGACGGAGAGAGAGCCGAAGAGAAAUCAGUUUUUAAUCAGAUUGAUUCUUGUCCCAACAGACCGAAUGGAUCCAGUUUGAGCUUCAUGUCCAUCAGGAUGGACCGACCACAUGAUCACAUGACAUCACUUCCUGCUGUGAGAAUAUAAACAACCAAACAUGUUUCAUUCAACACGUAUGACGAAGAUCAGCUGAGACAGAAACCGCUUCAGUUUAAUUAAAUGUGUGUUUGCAGCCGUUAAUCAACACUGAUCUGACAUGUGACCUGAGAGACGCAACACUUCCUGUACAUGUUUCACAAUAAAGGUACGACGGUCACAUGACACUUCAGUCCCACAAAUAUUUUCUGGUUCUAUUGAAGCAUCACGACGGAUGAAAGAAAGUUCUGGUAGUUCAAGAAAAAGAGUUUGAAUAUUUAAAGUAAAAGAAUGUUUAAAUAUUUUAAAGAAAAGUUUUAUAGAAAUAUUAAUCUGGAAACGUUUCAACUUCGAUGUGGCUCUAAAACUCUGCCGUGACAUCACAUCCUUUUUCAGGUGAGAGCGGGUAAAUUUCAUUGGAUGCAAACAUCAUGUGACCGUCUCUUUUUAAGGAAGGAAGAGAUUCUGCUUUUAUUGUGAAAUAGAAGGAGGAAGUUAUGAGUUGCAGCAACAGGAAGUUACAACAAACAGAAAAAAAACGGUGAGAAAACAGGGUGAAGGUUUCUUUUCUUUCUGCGUGGCAGCUGCAGGUUUGAUGCAGCGGCUCUCAACCUGCCGACCUUUGACCCCAAAAACACCUGAAACAUGAAGUCAGCUGCUGCCUCCAACAUCAGACAAACAUUUGGUGUUCUUUGUCAUGCUGCUUUACAUUUACUGCAUGUUGAUACGCAGCCUGCAGCCUGAUCACAGUGCACUUACUACUACUACUACUACUAAUAAUAAUAAUAAUAAUAAUAUUAAUAAUACAUUUUAUUUUCAGGGCACUUUUUAAAGGACCAGUAUGCAGGAUUUAGUGACAUCUAGUGAUUCUUAAUUUCAGUUGAUUAAACAUUAAUGAAAACAUUCUUCUGUUCUGUUAGUUGCUGCUAAAUUCAACAGACUGGUCCUUUAAGACACUAACAGAUGAUUUACAGAAAGGUACGAACUAAAAACAUAAAACAUGAUGUUUAACUCCUGUUAACAAAUCUGUUAAAAAUGAUAAAAAGGAUAUUUGAAUAAUUUCCCUCCAGGAUCAUCAGAGCUGCUGCUUCGUUUCAGGAUCAAACAAAACGACUUUAAUCAGUUUAAACCAAAAUAUGAACGAAUGAAGAUUCGAGAGACGUUUGAGACAAUCAGCAGGUUUUUUUUAUUAAGUUAAACUGAACUGAUGGAAAAUCAAUAAAGUGUUUGAAAACUGAA